AUGUUCGCAGCAGCUACUAAGAAUUUUGUAAAACAGGUUGGAGACACAGGGAGGCUGAUUUCAGUUCCCAGCCUGAGUGAAGCUGACAGGUAUCAACCGCUGAGUCUGGUCACAAAGAAAAAGAAGACUCAUUUUUGGAAGAAAACUAAAUACGCCGCCACUCCUUUCUCUCUGAAGGAUAUACUUGUAGGAGAGAAGGAGAUCUCAGCAGGUGUUUCCUCAUACCAGUUACUAAACUAUGAAGACAAAUCUGACGUCUCCUUGAAUGGUAGAUUGGGAAACCACAUUAUCAAUGAUGUAGGCUUCAACAUUGCUGGAUCUGACACUGUAGCUGUUAAAGCCUCAUUUGGAAUAGUAACGAAGCAUGAGGUAGAAGUUCCAAUGUUGCUUAGAGAGCUCAGUUCAAGAAAAGUAGACCUUGACCACUGUCUAAUUCGCCAGUCAAAGGAGAGUGGACGAGCAGUGCUGUGUGUCGUUACGGAAAGUAUACGAACAACCCGUCAGUGUUCCCUCACUGUACACGCAGGCAUGCAGAGGAAACCCAUGAGGUUUCAGAUUGAUGACGGUCGGAAUCACAAGGGUCGUGACAAAGCCAUUGUUAUUCCAGCUCACACAACAAUUGCAUUUAGCAUAUUUGAAGUUUUUGUGCGACUGGAUGGUCGCUUUGAGAUGUGCGUCACCUCAGAGUCCGCAGGUGGAUUUGAAAAAGAACAAAUCAGAGAGCAGUUAGGAGGGUUCCUGGGACGAUUUUCAGUGGGCAGACUGAGAAGAUUUUUGUCUGGAAUUAUUUAUGGAAACCCUUUCAGAGCAGAUGACAGAACGUUUGAUGAAAUUACAAAUUCUGACAUAUAUAUGGAGGAUCUGGCUGCAGACUAUUAUGAAAAGGCAACAAGCAUGACUGAUGUUUCCACCAGCUACCUUAGAGAAGGCUCUCACACACGGAUUAACCUGCUUAAUAACAAUAUACCCAAAGGACCUUGUGCCCUCUGUGGGAUGGGACAUUUAAGAAGAGAAACUGUGUAUGGAUGCCUUGAGUGUUCUUUCAAUGGACAUAAAUAUGUAAGGCUUCAUGUUGUGCCUUGCUUUGACCUCUGGCAUAAAAGACUAAGGUAAAACAGAUGCAUAUGUGCCUAACUAACAAGCUUACAGUGUAGUGCCACAUUGUUCAGAAACAAGAUCAGCACAGUCACUGGAAAAAAAAAAGGUUCAACUCACUUGUAUGCAGACUAGAUGAGUCUAUACAGUAACUGCAGUUUCUAAAUAGGUAUCUUUAAUGUGUUGGUCAAUCAGGUUGUAAUAUAUUUACUGGGACCAAUUCACAAAGCUGUAAAGACCAUUUGAAGGACUUUUAUUUUAUUAAGGACUGUUCUUUAAAUGCCUAAAUCUAUUUUGCAAUUCACUAGACAUUGUUUAACUGUUUUAAAGAAGGCAAGAUUUUAAUAUAUUAAAUAUUAAAUAAUAUUAAUAUUUAAAAAAAAAACAACUAAGAAAUGGUUUAUAUGGUUUUAAUGUAUGUACCAUGAGAAGGUUUUACUAAAUUGUGCUACUUAUUUUGCAAUGCUUUUUAAAAAGUGAACACUAUUAAGCUAAAUAGUCUGGCAAUUAUCAAGAACAGGUAACAUGAGACUAACUUGAGAAUGAUUAAUAAUGUAGUUGAUGAAUUAAAAAUGAAGGAGAGUAUCAGGUUGAAGGUACAUGAAGAAUCAGCAGUCUAUGGUUUCGCAUGCAUGUGAGCAGUGUGGGUUAUGUAAGAAAGGACUGUAAUUUGAUUAUUCUGUGCACUAAUUCAGUUACAUAAAAAUACAAAUGGAAGCACUUUUUUAUUUGC